AUGGUUUCUAUCCUUCGUCAGAUUGUCACUUUUACCGAUUUGUUAUUCUUUUUUUUUGUGAUGUUCUUGCUCACUGUCCCAAGACACCACUUUCGUCUUUUUUUAUUUUUUAUUUUCUUUAUUUUUUAUAUCACCCACUUUUUAUUUCAUGUAUCUUACUGCAUUUUUUUCUUUUUCGUUUUUUGUUCUUCCAUCAUUUUUCAACUUUUUUUCAUUCACUUCUGUUCGUUACUUCUUUCUUUCUUUUUAAUUUCUUUCUUUUUAUUUCUUUCUUUCAUCUUUUUUCUUUCUUUCUUUUUUUUUAUUCUCUUUCUUUAUUAUUUUCCAUUUUUCUCGUUCACCUUAGUGUUCCUUCUUUACUUCCUUCUUUCUUUCUUUCUUUCUUUCUUUCUUUCUUUCUUUCUUUCAUUCUUUUUAUCUCGAUCUUUCUUUCAUUUCAACUUUUCUCAUUUCCUUUCUCUUACGCUUUCUUCCUCUCUUUCUUUCUAUCUUUCUUUCUUUCUUUUCAUCGUUUCCAUUUUCUCGUCAACUUUUACCAGCGUUUUCUUUCAUUCUUUCUUCCUUUCUUCCUUUCUUUCUUUCUUUCUUUCUUUCUUUCUUUCUUUCUUUCUUUCUUUUCAUCGUUUCCAUUUUCUCGUCAACUUUUACCAGCGUUUUCUUUCUUUCUUUCUUCCUUUCUUUCUUUCUUUCUUUCUUUCUUUCUUUCUUUCUUUUCAUCGUUUCCAUUUUCUCGUCAACUUUUACCAGCGUUUUCUUUCUUUCUUUCUUUCUUUCUUUCUUUCUUUCUUUCUUUCUUUCUUUCUUUUCAUCGUUUCCAUUUUCUCGUCAACUUUUACCAGCGUUUUUUCUUUCUUUCUUUCUUUCUUUCUUUCUUUCUUUCUUUCUUUUCAUCGUUUCCAUUUUUCUCGUCCUUUUUACCAGCGUUUUCUUUCUUUCUUUCUUCCUUUCUUCCUUUCUUUCUUCCUUUCUUUCUUUCUUUCUUUCUUUCUUUCUUUUCAUCGUUUCCAUUUUCUCGUCAACUUUUACCAGCGUUUUCUUUCUUUCUUUCUUUCUUUCUUUUCAUCGUUUCCAUUUUCUCGUCAACUUUUACCAGCGUUUUCUUUCUUUCUUUCUUCCUUUCUUCCUUUCUUUCUUCCUUUCUUUCUUUCUUUCUUUCUUUCUUUCUUUCUUUCUUUCUUUUCAUCGUUUGCAUUUUCUCGUCAACUUUUACCAGCGUUUUCUUUCUUUCUUUCUUUCUUUCUUUCUUUCUUUCUUUCUUUCUUCAUUUCUUUCUUUCUUUCUUUCUUUCUUUCUUUCUUUCUUUCUUUCUUUUCAUCGUUUCCAUUUUCUCGUCAACUUUUAACAGCUUUUUUCUUUCUUUCUUUCUUUCUUCCUUUCUUCCUUUCUUUCUUUCUUUCUUUCUUUUCAUCGUUUCAUUUUUCUCGUCAACUUUUACCAGCGUUUUUCUUUCUUUCUUUCUUUUCUUUCUUUUUCAUCGUUUCAUUUUCUCGUCAACUUUUUACCAGCGUUUUUUUCUUUCUUUCUUUUUUCUUUCUUUCUUUUUUCUUUUUUUUCUUUCUUUUCAUCGUUUCAUUUUCUUCUUUUACCAGCGUUUUCUUUCUUUCUUUCUUUCUUUCUUUCUUUCUUUCUUUCUUUUCAUCGUUUCCAUUUUCUCGUCAACUUUUACCAGCGUUUUUUCUUUCUUUCUUUCUUUCUUUCUUUCUUUCUUUCUUUCUUUUCAUCGUUUCCAUUUUCUCGUCAACUUUUACCAGCGUUUUCUUUCUUUCUUUCUUUCUUUCUUUCUUUCUUUCUUUCAUUCUUUUUAUCUCGAUCUUUCUUUCAUUUCAAACUUUUCCCAUUUCCUUUCUCUUACGCUUUCUUCCUCUCUUUCUUUCUUUCUUUCUUUUCAUCGUUUCUCUUUUCUCUUCAAAUUUUCCUUGCUUUUUCUUUCUUUCUUUCUUUCUUUCUUUUUUUCGUUCAGUAAGUUUCUUCUUUUUUUUCUCCUUAAUUUCACAUUUCUCCUUAUGUUCUUUUUAUUUCGAUUUUUCUUUCUUUUCAACCUUUCCCAUUUCCCUUCUCUUAUGCUUUCUUUCUUUCUUUCUUUUCACCGUUUCUCUUUUCUCUUCAAACUUUCUUUGCUCUUUUCUUUCUUUCUUUCUUUCUUUCUUUCUUUAUUUAUUUAUUUAUUCAUUGCUUUCGUUUUCCUUUUCUCUUCUCUUUAAUUUUCCUUUGCUUUUUCUUUCUUUCUUUCUUUCUUUCUUUCUUUCUUUCUUUCUUUCUUUUCCACUCCCUUUCUUUACCUUCUUUUUGUCUUUAAUUUUUUUCCCUAGGUCAAUACCUUUUCUUCCUGAUAUAUUUCAUUUUUCCCUCCUAUUUUCACUCUCCAUAUUCCCCCCACCUCUAUCUCUCCCUCUUUCCAUAUUUCGCUCUUCAUUUUUCUUUUCUUGA